AUGAUUACUCUUACCACCACAACCACAACCACUAAUACCUCACCAAAGAAACCAGAUCAGUCGUCAAGUAGCGGCUUUGGCUUUUGGAGUUUGAACAAUACCUCAUCCCUGCAAUCAUCUACUUUUUCCUACUCAUCUCCAAACAAGAAGAAGAAUGGACCACUUGCCACCACGACUGUCUCGCCCAUUCUCACGAAAGACCCCACCAUUUCCACGGUAGUCGCAAAGCAAUCACCUCCUUCUCCUCAACCACAACCAAAGAAGAAGAAAAAGGUCAACUUUCAACUUCAAUGUCAGGUACGAACCUUUGAGGUGGUGGCCUUGGACGAAGACUUUGAAAACAAUUGCGAGGACGACGAAGAAUACUGGGAACAAAUGGGCGAAGAUUUCUGGUACCAAGCCUAUGAUUUCCAAGCCUUCAAAAAGGACCGACGCAGUUUGGUCGAUCGUAUUCGCACCAUUGGGGUCAAGAACGCCAAGGGCAAUUACGCAAUGGAGGGAUUGGAGUUUUUCUUGACGUUAAAGGCAAGAGAAGUCCACAAGGAACGUGUCUUGGAUGGCUGGGUCUCCGUAUUGGAACUCCAAGCGGAAUGGGAAAAAGACCAGUCCGAAGGAGACUGCUCGGAAGACGAUAAGGUAGAAUUGAUUGCCAGCAAGUACGCCCACGUUUCCAAAGCAUGCUUGGAAGAUGCCAACAAGCGAGCUAUCGAGACUGCUCAAGAGAUUCAAGCCGAGGAUGAAAAAAUUGUCGCUUCGAUUCCAAAGUCUCCACAACCCAAGAAAGGCUCUCUACAAAAGGAUGGAAAAGGAGUCAAAGCCCUGGGCGUUUGGGGUAAUACUUGGAGUAGUACUGGUACCAGCACCAUCAGCAACAAUACGACCACCACCACUAGUUUCAGUACCUUUCAAAAGAUACGGCCCUUUCCUCGCCAAUGA